AUUUUUUCGUUAAUAACGGAUACAUUCAUACACGAAACAGGCCUUCUGUGCAAUAUUUCAACAGCAACAAUGCUUUUCAGUUGAACAUUGACUUUGGAAAACUUUUCAAAAUAAAUGAGUUAAGUUCUCAAAUUUGAUUUGUUGUAAAAAAUUAUUUUGUUUAAGAGAAAAAAUUAAAAAAAAAAUUUGCAUAUUUAUAACACAAACUUUGUGAUUUUAUUUUUAGGAAAGCAAUCAAAAUUAAAAGAAUAAACAGUCCAAAUGACAGUCACAGCAGCCAUUGUCAUCGCGGCGCUCUUUCAAAUUGUACUGCGCACCUCCUUCUUCUUCGAACAGGAGAAGGGCCUCUGCUCGCCGGCGCCCUCACUAGCUAGUUGGAUAUUCCUCAUUGCGCUGUUGGAUCUCAUCUCGGAUCUAUGCCUCUAUCCGGUACGUUACAUGCAUUUGCCGUACUUCUGUCAGGUGAUCGUAGAGACCAUUGUCACCAUUUUGUUAACGGAAUUCGGCGCCAUAAUCGUUUGGUGCACGCUGGAGAAACUCUUUUGGCGACUGAUCAAAUCAUUUCUCUUGAUCAUGGGCAUGUCCACCGCGACCUAUGUCAACUAUGAAUCACUUAUAUUGGGUCUGACCACCACUUCGAUCAGUUUGGGCAUAUUGGCAUUUGUCGGUCAGGCCACCGAUCACUUUCACUUGAUACGUAAGAAAUAUCAACGUAUUGAGCGCAAGAUCACAUUGAACAUGGAAAUCUUCUGGGAUUAUGUGAACGGCUACAGUGGACGUUGUAAACCCAUGUACGAUUGCUCAUCGGAAGAUUUCGAGGAGAACUGUUGCCCGAAGCGGCGACGGAAACGUCGAAGAUGUUGAAAAGGUGAACGAAGUUGUCAGUCAAAACU